AUGGGCGUUCCGCAGAUUUGGGAACUAUUGCAACCUUAUAUUAAGGACAAGAGGGUACCAUUCCGAAAGCUUGCUGCUGAUUUUAAGGAAGAAAACGGAAGGCCAAUUCGAAUCGCUAUAGAUGGCUACACCUGGUUAUUUGAAUGUGGAUUUAUCACGUCCCCAGAUUCACAAGAGAGGUACCAUGGUGACGGUAAAAUAAACAAAGCCAUUGUUAAUUUCCUUCAUCGGUUGAAGGAGUUUUUAUCCUUAGAUGUCAGUUUUAUUAUGGUAUUUGAUGGGAAUAUGAAGCCCUGGUUCAAGAAGAACUUUAGAGAAGAUGCCACGUCCAUCUCAAAGGAACUGGAUGAAGACUUUCUAGUCGAGUGGAAAAGACAUGAGCGCUCACAUAGAGAGCGGAACUACUGUUUGGGUCAUCAACCAUCAGACGAUUUGCCCGAAUUCAUGGUGGUUAUCAAAAGAACCUUGGAUAUGAUGAACAUUUCAUACAUAGAAGCCUGCGGAGAAGGCGAAGCCCAAUGUGCCUGGCUACAAAAGCAUGGGUAUGUGGAUUAUGUUCUCAGUAAUGAUUCAGACACCUUGAUAUUUGGAUGCGACAGAAUGCUUCGGAACUACUCUAAGUCAACGAAUGACUUUGGGGUCACUGCAGCUGGAAGCCACCGUCCGAAUGUAUCGCGAGACGCCAAAGAACCGUUUGUGACAAUUGUGGAGCUCGAUGCUAUACGCCAAUCUGCAGUGGAGAGAUACGAAUGGUGGUCGCUGUUAUUCUUCAGUGUUCUCCUGGGAGCCGACUAUAAUCAAGGUGUCAAAGGCCUGGGUAAAGCCAAAGCAGCCAAAUUAGCUCAGUUGGAAGAUCCCGACUUUUCCAUGGAAUUUCGCAGUAUUUUUGAACCCUUGGACUGCAGUCCUUCCACAAGAACUAGCAGAUACUCUCGUUUCCAGAAAGAAGUGCUCGACUACUGUAGCCAAAACUCAGUUAAAUUAUUUGGACGCAACUAUAAGGCAUUACUAGGAGGAGAGAAAAUGGAAGGAUGGCCCUCCGAGACUGCCGCUAUGUGCUAUUUCCAUCCCUACCUGAUACCAAAUCUGGACCUUGGCGUUUUCGAAGAUAAGUUCGUGAACAUGAGCGAAAACGCUUCAUACAAGCGCAUUGAUCUGCAAAAAUUGCGAGCUUUUUUGGAGGAAAUCAACCCAGUUGGAGUGACCCACUUCGAGAAGUGGUUCUGGGGUUUGAUGCAAGAAUCCUUCAUACACAGAUAUGUUCUCGGGCUGCGUGGCGACACGACAGAUCGAGCAGAGAUCAGCGAAGAGAAAACAUUCUUUACUCAAGAGGCGAAAUUUAGCUAUUCGUGCUGGAAAUUACGAUAUAAUAAUUUCCUGCACUCCUUUAACGAUCUGCACAGCAGAAAUGUUGGACAGCCUCUACUUAGAUCUCCGAGUCCAGCGAAACCUACCGGCGCAGCAUCAAAAUUUCAACACAGCACCUGGAUACCGAAGCAGCUACUACCUGAGGCGCAUAGCUUGGUUAAGCGUUACAAGGAAGGUGCCAGAGUCAGACGCAAAACCUCACCCAGAAAAACUCCAAGAUAUAGUCCACAAAAGAACACCCUGGAUGAGUUUCUUUCGAAUCACUCAUCGCCUGUCAAAGAUAUCGGUUCUAUUACGUCCGUCAGCAUCCCAGUACUUCAGCCUCUCAAGAGACGUCUUUUUGUUGAAACCGACCACGAGGAGGAAGCAGACUCUGACCGUGAGGCAAACGACAGCUCCCUCAUCAUCCUAGGCGAGUCCCGGCUUGGUGAUAUUGAUGGAGCCCACAAUUUCAGUUUAGACGAUGAGCUCACGCAGGUUCCGGAAGAUGAAUCGCCGCUAAAGAAACAGCGUCUAGAGGAAAGCAACAGCCCCAGGAAAACAUGA